GCGACAUCGGCGAGGAGAGAAAUCUCGCUUGCAGCUUGACGUUUCCGCCACUUCUUUUCGUAGGACCCUUCUCGGCGAGCAUGCAGCGGCUGAUCCUCGAGCCAUCUGUUUCCGGCAUGCUGCAUUUCGGUGCUCGGCAGGCAAUGCCCUCUGCUGGUGGCACGCAUCUCCGUCCAGCUUCCAGAAGGAUGUGCUUGCCGUAGUCGAGUCUUUGAGGUGACUUCGUCGGGCGUUGGUAGUCUGAACACGAAAAGACUAUGGACUGUGGUUAUGGCAAAUCCCCGACAUGGAGUGUGCACGCCUAUUGACUGCCCCACAGACCCCUGAUGGCCAUAGUUCAAGCUGGAGAUCAUUAAAAGCAGCAGUAUCGAUUAUGAGUCCAGAUUGCCGUGCGAUCAACCCUCUACAACAAUUGCAAUCGCAAGUCAUUGUCGAUGGCUUCGUUCUCAAGGAUAGCUGCGGCAAUUCCUGUUCCAGUCCAACAACUGGUCUCAAGUCCAACAUACGACGAUCUCCUGGUACUCGUACUCCUAUUCGUUGGAGGACUGGCUUAUGCUACUCGUGGCAUUUUCUGGGACAAGCCAGAUCCAUAUCACUACAAAUGGUUUGAGAGGCCGCAAGCAGCGGUUGCCAGUUUGGCCGCUGCCAAAUCAACGCGCAACAUCGCGCAGAAGCUGGCCGAAACGGGGAACCAAGCAGUCAUAUUCUGGGGAUCUCAAUCUGGAACUGCUGAAGGAUUUGCACACCGGUUGGCCAGGGACUGUCACGCUCGCCUCAAGCUAGAUGUGUUGGUAGCUGAUAUCUCAGAGUACGACCACCACACCAUCGCCGAACUCUCUCAAUCUCAAUAUGCUAUCUUCAUCAUGUCAACGUAUGGCGAAGGUGAUCCAAGCGACAACUCGACCAGCUUCCUUAGCUGGCUCAAGUCUAAACCUGAGGAGUCCCUGCAGAACCUCAGAUUCGCUGCGUUCGGGUGCGGGAACAGCAACUACAAACACUACAAUGCAGUCAUCGACACAGUCGUGACGUCCUUACAGGGUUUCGGAGCGAAGUUGGUUCUACCUGUUGGCAAGGCAGACGAAGCGAAAGCGACCACGGACGAAGACUUUCUGGAAUGGAAGACGACCUUAUUCGCUGGGCUUUGCACGCAGCUAGGUCUUACGGAGCGUGAGGCUGAAUACGAAACAAGCAUAAAGAUCGUCAUGGACGAAUCCAUUGACACCAGCGGAGUGUUCCUCGGCGAACCAUUUGGAACGAAGUCAACUGCAUCUACGUCUGGCUCUUCUACGAUCGUGCCGCUACCAAUUUGCGCGGCUCGAGAACUUCUUCAAAGCGCGUCUAUGACACGCAGCUGUCUGCAUCUCGAAGUUGAUCUGUCUGACCACCCGGAAAUCAAGUACAAGACGGGAGAUCAUCUGGCCGUGCGUCCCAUAAAUCCUACGCUGGAAGUCAGUUCCCUCAUCGAUGUUCUUGGCCUCUCAGGACGCGAAAACAUUCCUCUCAUGAUCGAGUCUGUCCAUCCAGACUCUGACAGACUAAAUCUGCCCUCUCCGACGACCACUUCCGCGUUGUUCCAGCACUACCUCGAGAUCUGUGCUCCUGUAUCCCGAGAAAGCGUACUGUCACUUGCUCAAUUCGCUUCGACCUCCACCGCGAAAGCAUACCUCCUCAGCCUGGCAUCCGACAAGAACGUCUUCGCCAGCUUUCUUGCAGAGCACCACCUCACACUCGCCCGACUCCUCAAGCACGUACAGACCUUGGACCCUACCACAAUAUGGACGGAUCUGCCCCUAUCCUUUGUCAUUGAGAGUCUCCGACCCAUGACACCGCGAUACUACUCGAUCGCCAGCUCGUCAAUAAUCUCACCGCGCCGUGCCGCCAUCACCAUCGCCAACAACCCUCGCUUCCUCCUCAAGGAUGACACCGUCUCCAUUCCCGGCCUCGCAAGCACAUACCUGUCCUCGUUCGCUACGUCCAACGCACAAUCGUAUCCGCCAAUCAUCAAUCCAGCGAUCACCACUACUUCAAUACCCUACCUGCACGCCUCGAUCCGCCGCUCGACCUUCAAACUUCCAGCAUCGCCAGAUAAACCAAUAAUUCUGAUCGCGGCUGGCACAGGGAUCGCCCCGUUCCGAGCCUUCCUCCAUGAACGCGCCCGUCUGGCAUCGCUGCACGGCCAGAACAAGCCCGUAGGUCGGACGAUCCUGUUCUUCGGGUGUCGUCAUCCGAAUAUUGAUCUGCUUUACAAGGAGGAGCUUCAGCAGCUGCAGGCCGCAUUGGGAAAUAAGCUGGACAUCGUGUACGCUUUCUCUCGCGUUGACGGCGCUAAGAAGACCUACGUGCAGGAUCGGGUGGAGGAGAGGCAGGACGACAUAGUCGAUCUCCUCCUCGAGGAAGAUGCUGCUUUGUAUCUUUGCGGUUCCGCCGCCAUGGCAAGAGAGGUGGGCAGUCGUGUUGGCGAGGCCCUGAAGAAGGCCAAGCUUUAUGACGAAGAGGGCUUGAAGAAGUGGAGGGAGGAACGGAAGCGGGCGAAGAGAUGGCAGGAGGAUGUCUGGGGCUGAUAUCGUACAGGUUCCCACUGAGGUCAUUCCGGUAUAGUCAACCAUCCAGCGAGAAUUGCAUAGAUAUAGACAUA